AUGGCCUUCUCCUCCUUUCUUUCCAAGCCGCCACCUACGUUCUUCGUCUUCGGCGACCAAGCCUACACCGUCCCCAAACGCGACCUCCGGCACCUGCUGGAUGACGAAGCCUUCCAGUCCCCUUCCCCUAAUCCCUUGUCCCCUAUGUCCCUCUUCAUCCACCGCUGCGAGAUCGCCCUCCAGCACGACAUGGCUCGGCUCAUCGAUCCUGCCAAGGCCGACCACGCACGGCUCCCCGGCACGCUGGCCGAUCUGCUGUCGAAGUGGCGUUUCCGCAGCGACGAUACCCGCCGCUGCCUGCCUCUGGACAUGGCGCUGCUGGUCGCGUACCAGGUGCUGCUGUUCAUGCGGCAUGUCGGCCCCCCUUCGUCAGCCAAAGACUAUGCAGACGCAAUCGUCGUGGGUGCCUGCACCGGCGCGCUGGCCGCCGUAGCGGUGGGCUGCAGCGCCGACCUGGCGGAGCUGGUCCCGCUGGGCGUGGAGGCAGUCCGGGUGGCCUUCCGGGUGGGCCUGAUGGUUGAACGGGCGGCGCGGGAGGUGGCGCCGGCGUCAGGGACCGAGCAGUCCUGGAGCAUGGCGGUGUCGACGGCGGAGGAGCGGACGCUCCAGGGGUUGCGGGUCUUCCUGGAGCAGUCCGGGAGCGGCGAGGGUGCGGGUACGAGAAGAAGCUGGGCGCACGGGGAGCAGACCAACGGCAGAGCCAAGGCGGCGAGGAUGAGGUCGUACUGGGUGAGCGCAUGGACGCCAAGCUCGGUGACCGUGUCGGGGCCGCCGGAGGCACUGGCGGAGCUGGUGGACUCUGAUGAGCUGGCGGUGCCGGGGGUAAGGGCGGCGCCGAUACCGAUAUUCGGGCCGUUUCACAGUCCGUCGCUCUACACGGAGGGGGACGUCGCCGACUUGCUGGAGUGUCUGGGCCCGACGGAGGCGAGCAAGCCCGCCCGACUGACGGUGAUUUCCGCCUCGGCAGGCAAGCCCCCGGACGAAGCCGGCAACUUCGCCUCGCUGAUGCGCACCGCCGUCGAGGAUAUGCUUCAGCGACCGCUUCGCUGGGACCUCGUGCUACAAUGGGUUUGCGAGCAUGUCAAGACGGAUCAGCGCGGCACCCCGUUGCUGGAUGUUGUCCCGAUGGCUUCGUCCGCAGAGCAAUCCAUCGCCGUGGCGCUGAGGAAGGCCAAAAAGGGGCCGCGGAGACCGCGCACAUUGAAAAGCCACCGUCUGGAGAGCACGACAGUCCACCGCGUCGUGACGGAGAUGGAAUUGAUGAUGGGAGACGGGCUGUACGUGGUCACAGAGGCGGAUCUGGCGAGGCUGGAUCUGAGGGAAGCGGUACAGGGGCAUCUGGUAGAGGGGAAGCGGCUGUGUACGCCGUCCGUCUUUGCCGACAUCGCCAUGGCGUUGGGCAAUUACAUGGUGCAGAAGCUGCGGUCCCGCCACAGCAAACGCACGUUCGGUGCGCCGGGGAGGCCGGAUCAUACGCCGGACUACCUUGUCACCGUUGCCGACAUGGGCGUCAGCAAGGCCUUGGUUGCUGGAGACAACGGUCCGGGGUCGCAGCUGCUGCAAUGCCACGCCCAAGCCGACUGGCCUACCCAGUCCGCGCGGUGCAAGUUCGCCGUCGUGAGCCCUUCCGGUAAGCCUCAACAGCAUGCCGAGUGCACCGUCCGCAUUACCGACGGCUCCGUCCGGGCCCUCCUCUCACAAUACUCCUCGGGCGAAUCCCACCGCAUGAACGUGUCCUCCCUGCGUGCCCGCGCCGGCACCACGCGGAUCUCGGGCGACAUGGCCUACCGGCUAGUCUCCUCCCUGGCUGAUUUCCACCGCAACCACCGGCUGGUCCGAUCUCUCGUGCUCGACCCGCGCACGCACGAGAUCGCUGCCGUCGUCGGCUUCCCCGCCGACCUUGCUAGUCACGGCGACUUUACUGCUAACCCGGCCGUAGUAGACGCCUUCACCCAGCCGGCUGGGUUCUGCCUUAAUCUCGAUGACGCGACCGACCUAGCCCAUACCGUGUAUAUUAAUCACGGUUGGGAUGAGAUGUUCCUGUUCGAGGCUAUUGAUAUAAAGCAAGAGUAUACAGUAUACGUGCGUAUGCAGCAGGUGGACCGGACGCGGAAGUGGGUGGGCGAUAUUAUCGUGCUACAGGAGGAUAAUAUCGUGGCUGCGUUUCUGCAGUAUUCCGUCCACGCGUUCCCACGCCGCGUUUUUAGCAGUCUGCUGAGCCAGGAGACCAGGACGGCCUCUGCGCUGGCACCCAGGUCGCCACAGACAGCCGCCACGUCGCCCGGGACGCCGCAGACGGCCGUGUUAUGGAGUCCGAUGCAGACGCCGAAGCCGCGGACGAUGGCGCUGAGCAUAGAGACGAAGGGGGAGAGGGCCGGCCCGGGAGUGUUCCCGCCGAGCCCGGUGUCGCCGGACGAUCUGAGCAGGAAAUGGCCGUCUUCAUCCUCAGCACAGAGCCAGAGCGCCCCUCGGAGUAGGAAAAGUGAAGACUCGAGUAGCACAGCGGAGGCCCGGUCGGAGGAAGCAUCGCCUGCGACGUCGAAAAACGGCAUCGUCGUGACACCCUGGAGCUUCGAUGACCUCCCAAGCACCGCCGACAGGGGCGCACAGGACAUCCCCAUCCCGCCGUGCAAGUCCGUGGUCCUCCAGGGCUUCCCCAAGACCGCGCACACACUCCUCUUUCUCUUGCCCGACGGUUCCGGCAGCGCCGCCUCGUACGCCUCCCUCCCGCACGUCGGUCGCGACGUCUGCGUCAUCGGCCUCGUCUGCCCGUUUCUGCGCGGCGAUACAGCUGCCAUGGCGCGCGUGCCGCUCGACCGGCUGCUGGGCGAGGGCUACCUGCCCGAGAUCCUCCGGCGGCAGCCGCCUUCUUCUCGCAGGGGAUACGUGCUCGGCGGCUGGUCCGCCGGCGGGUCGCUGGCGUUCCGGGCGGCACAGAUGCUGCGCGAGAGAGGGUGCCGGGUGGCGGGGCUGGUACUGAUUGAUGCGCCGGUGCCUCUCGACGGGAUGGACAGGCUGCCGAAGCACUUCUUUGAGUACUGCGAGAGCUUGGGGAUCUUGGGGGGUUGGGGGGAGGGCAAGGUCGGUGGCGGCGGCGGCGCGGUGCCGGCCUGGUUGAUCCCCCAUUUUGAGGGGACGAUUGGGGUGCUGGAGAAGUAUUGUGCCACGCCCCUGGCCAAGUCUCCGGGGGAGGAGCUGAGGGUGGACGUGAUUUGGGCCGGGGAGAGCGUGGUGGAUCGGCCGGGGGCGCCGCCGCUGCCGCCGCAUCCGGAUGAUACGGAGGGCAUGAAGUUCUUGACGGUGCAGAGGACGGACUUUGGGCCGAACGGGUGGGCGGAGCUUCUUCCUGGCGCGGAGAUUGUGUGCCACAAAGUGGACGGGGCGCAUCACUUUUCGUUAAUGAGACAACCGUUCGUAUCGCAACUAGCAUCGUUCGUGGCAGAGGGGCUUCAAGCUGUGGCGAACCCGGUAUAUAUGGACUCUGCACGACCAGUGAGUGAUGCGUCAUGCUCACGGUCUGAAGGAUAUAGUCACGGAUUGACCUGUUGA